AUGCGAUGGCUCAUCCUCGAGCGCAGCGCGUCCACGCGGAAGCGCCUGCAGAAAGAGAAGGACAAAGACACCGUCAAGGUGAAGGUGAACAGCAUGGCCGCCGCAAUCCCAGCCAAGCCGCCUCUACAAGCGCGCCGCAUCAAACACCUCGACCCGCCGCCCCAGAUCUCCCCCGUCUCCGAGAAGCUACGCAAGGCAAAAGAUGGCACUGUUGACAGACCACGAGGGCACAAACGCGCGGACACUGCCCCAACUGUGGGCAAGCUGAGCAGUGUCGAAGACGAGCAGGACCAUUCCAAGAAAUUCACCGUCGCCAACGUCGGCGCAGGAGGGACAUUGUUCCUCGAACCGACUCGCGUAGCUGCUCCUCAUCUAAACUAUGCGCCUGCUACGCCCCCUGCAACGUCUGAUGGCGAGUCGUCUGUUUGGACCGAUCGACCUCUUCUGCGUGAAAGCUAUAAUUCUGGUUCUUGGACACCACGACCUGACCGAGGACGAAUGGCUUCAAUGGCGGGAAUGCCGGUACCACCACUAAGCUUGGCCAAUGCAAACAAGGCAUACGACCGUCGAAGGACACGCUCACAUUCAGAAUCGACAGUUAGCGAUCGAUUACGUUUGACGCAGUAUGGUGCGAACGACUUUGCAUUGCCUCAGGACGGCGAACGAACACCCAGGCGAAGACGGCGAAGUAGUGCAGACUUGGCUAGAGGAUUGGUGGAUGUGCACAUUCCUCACUAUCGACUGGGAACUCCCCGGUUCAGCGAUAGAGGGACGGCAUAUCUACAUUAUUCCAUGGUCACCAACUCAACAGACGGCAUUCCUUCUUCAGUCAUCUCACGAACAGAAUACGACAAGCUGUUCCCAAUCCCACCCGGACGUGGCAUAAGCAGCUUCUACUCCCACCUCUCAGGAGCACCAUCUGUCCUACACCCGGACCGAGCGUAUUCCAGGAGUACAGCCUCCAGGACGCCAUUCGAAUCACAACGACCAUCGACAGUGGGCAUCAUCACACCAGCUCUCUUCGAUAAGCUAGAAUCAAAUCUCGACGACCCAAGUGUGGUCCACUAUCACCCCACAACAGGACGAAUAGUUGCAGCAACACCAGCACGACUGAUUGCACAGAUCACCUCACCACAGUUCCUUGACUAUGAGCUUCUUGCUGACUUCUUCCUUACCUAUCGAUGCUUUAUGCAAAGCCGCGAUGUGUUGGACUUUCUUUUUGCGAGAUUGCGUUGGGCAUUUGUCGAGGGCAACGAUGCUGGUCGGAUUGCUAGAGUCAGGACGUUCGUUGCCCUUCGACAUUGGAUUCUCAACUACUUCCAAGACGACUUCAUGGUGGAUGGUCUGUUCAGACAGAACUUCUGCGAUCAAGUCAACGAUUUGGGUCGAUCUCUCCGAGAACGGCCAGACAGAGGAGGUGGAGACAUGAACAUUGUCGGCGAGCUCAAGAAGUGCUGGCGACGCACGUGUGCGCUGUAUUGGCCUGUUCAAGAUGCCCACGAGAUGUCGCCUGACGCGGACAUUGUACCUGGAGGCGAUACCGUCAUCCCCGAUGCACACUCAAGCCUCAGCCUGCCACUGACCAUCAGACCAACCACGCGCAGUCACUCCAUCUUCGAAAUGGCACAGAUACCGCUCCCGAGUCGGCCUGAGAGAGGUCUCGUCAACGCCAACAACAUCAACCUGAAUGGAUCAGAUCCACGAUCGACGGUAACCAGCCGUACUGCCAGCAUACCAGCUUCUCCCAUGAGUGACCAGAGUCUUGAAGUGCUAUCAUGCUCUGUGCCAUUCCUUCGCAAUCUUCGUCCUACUGCUCGAGCAAGAGAGAAGACUUUACCACCAAAGACGUUAAACAACGACAAGAACAAGAAGGCUAGGCCUGCACGGAAUCACAAGAGAAGUGGAAGCUUUUCAGAUGCUCUACGUGACAAGCGCACACCAUUGUCAUCACCCAAAGCGGACAACAUCGAGCUCAAAGAUCUGCCAGCCUUCGCCAUCACCGGCGGUCUGGUGAGAGGCAUCUUGCUUCAGCCUUCUCCUGCAAAGGUUGACAACAAUGUGCCUGUGACUCCAGGUCCACCUGGCCCAGAGCUGACCGAGGCACGGCUCGCAGGUCACAAUGAUGGCUACUUCAACGGACAGCAUAUCGGCGUGAAGAAGUUCGUUGGCGAGGUGCGGCGGGCGUUGAGCAGUCGAAAAGCCAGCAGCGGUUCGCCAUCACGCAGUGCAGGCUCUGGCUCAGACACUGAGUCCAAAGGAGCCAUUCGACCUCGUGGUCAUCGAAGAUUCCAGCCUGAUAUGCAGCAGCUGCCUGGACCAGAUCGGUUCGACGUGCUGGGAGUGCAGAUCGAGACAUCGUAUUCUGACGCGGUCGAUUCAACAGCCAAAGAAAGAGCCAAGCACGAUAAACGAGAAGCUGCCUUGCAACCCGCACCAGGCAGUGAAAUCAACAAGGAUCAAGUACUGGACGAGAAAGACCUUCCAGACACUCCACGAGCCGAGACACCUCGACCUGUUACUGCUCACAAAGACCUAUCAGUCCCAGCGAGCAAGCAAGAGUCGGUGGAUGUCAUGGACUUUGGGCGCUUGAACAGCCAUAACACGAAUGUCACGACGGGAAGUAGGUCAAUCGUGAUUGUGGAUGCUACCGGUGCCCCAGAGAUUCCCAUGAUGUCUGGAGGUCUGCCGUCACUAAGCUCAAUGUCGACAGAGAUGAUGCCGUACCCGCUCUUCCGUGAUCGAGAGUACUUCCCACCUGUUCCACCGAUCCCCAACAACCUCAAGCGGACAUCAUCUCAGCCGCCAAUGACACGUACUGGCGAGUGGGAUGGAUGGCGGUCUUCAGAUGAGCGCAUGCAUGACUUGCUCACAACUCCAAACCCUUGGGAUAUUCAGCCUCGACUUAGUCGAUCCGACAGCCAGAUCAUGCGGAAGUCUUCAUCUUUGAUGGAUCCGUCUCUUUUCGAGAUACCUCGCCUACCACACCAGCUUCGCAGACAGCCUCAUGGAGAUAAUUUGAGAGCGGCUCAUCAUGUUCAUUCACUGCGGCCUGGGAUGAGGUCACGAUCUGUUGACAGCCCCAGAGCAUCGACAGCAACAAGAUCAGUCGCCCACUCUGCUGCAACACAUACUGACGAGUCGACUGCUGGUGGUGUGUUGCUCCCAGCGCGUAAACUACUCGAAAAGAAGAGCUCAGUUUCACUGCUCAACACGCACUCCUCACAGCCAGCUUUGCGGCCUUCUUUUGUGGAGGAGGCCAAAGCUUUACGUGGUAUUCCUGAUACGGAUGUUGAAGGCGGGAUUGAAGAUGCUCUGCUGAAACUGGAAGGGAAGAUACCUAGUCCGGCCAACAGCAACUCUUCCGGCGAGAUGGAGGACAAAAGUGAUACAGACUCACCUCCAGGUGGCCUGCCAUUGCAAGAACCUCGGGAAGUGCCUCUUGUUGGAGAGCCAGCAGGGCUUUACAUCCACGAACCACAAGAACUCCCUCUAGGAGGAGAGCCGGAAGAGCUUUACCUGGCAGAGCCACUCGCUCCACCGCCUCUUCUCAAGGAGAUGGCCAGUGGGCAGUUGAAGAUGAAGUACGUCAACCUCGCACCACAGCCUUCGCCGUCUGGAGAGGAUAGUGGAGAGACACCUGCAACUGAGACUCAAGGUGCCAGCAUCUAUCACCUCUCCACCUCGGGGGUUCAGUCCAUGAGCUCGCACACAGAAUACCCGCUCCCAUUCACCAUGCCGCCAAUUGAUAUCCCAAUGACGGAGUCGUCGGCUUCGGUCUUGCCCAUGACUUCCAGGCUCAGCCGGUUCCCAAUACCGGACCCAUACACGAAUCAACGAGAUUCCUCGCCAGAGUCCUUUCCUUACGAGCGGAAGCCAGAGAGUAUCGCCAGCAUCUCCAACGGCCACUAUCCCAGCUUCCGUCCAGGGCCGUGGAGUGUGGACGCCCACGGGUCAUUCCUACUGGAUGACAACGAGACGUUAAGUGACAUCUCGACAGAGAUCGCAGACUACCGAAACAGCGAAGAAGGUGUUCGCAGCUUCUACUUUGACGAUGACGACCCGCAACCUAUUCGGCCAUUUCAACCUCUCUCGACUCCACCAUCUACUGCAGCUGGGCAAGGAGACAUGUCACCAGACCGGAGGCAACUAAUACCACGACUGCUCCCUCGCGACCCAGGACGACCACUCAAAGAAGCAAUCAGCCAACCACGACUUCAACCUCAGAUGUCCAAUCAACCCUUUCCACGAGCGAAUGGUGAAGUUAGAUCAAACAGAGUCUCACCUGAUACUCCAGCGUACCCCUCUCACCUACCAUUCAUAUUGGCGUACGAGUCUGAGUGUAUAGCCGAGCAGCUCACAAUCAUCGAAAAAGACGCUCUAGAUGAAGUCGACUGGAAAGACCUCAUCAGUCUGCACUGGUCACAAACCCCACCCUACGUCCGCAACUGGGUUGACUACCUCGACAAAGAAAACGCCAACGGCAUCGACAUCGUCAUCGCACGCUUCAACCUCGUAGUCAAAUGGUGCGUCUCCGAAAUCGUCCUCACCGACGCCCCCAGCGAGCGCGCCCGCGCCAUCACAAAAUACAUCCACAUCGCCACGCACUGCCACCGCAUGCACAACUACGCCUCCAUGUACCAAAUCACACUCGCCCUGCUCUCCACCGACCUCUCCCGCCUGCACCGCACCUGGUCCCUCGUCGCCGUGCGCGAAAAACAAAUGCUCGAACACCUCGAACGCCUCUGCCGGCCCCUCCGCAAUUUCUACUCCCUCCGCGCCGAGAUGGAAACCGCCUUCGCGGGCAACGGCGUCAUCCCCUUCAUCGGCCUCUACACGCACGACCUCAUGUUCAACGCGCUGAAAUCGUCCCGGAUCGAAUCGCCGCUCAACAAGGGUAAAGAGCCGCUCGUGAACUUCGAGCGGUAUCAGACCGCCGCGACGAUUAUCAAGAAUUUGUUGCGGCUGAUCGAGGCGAGUUCGAAGUAUGAGUUUCAUCCCGAGCCGGAGGCACUGAGUCGGUGUCUUUGGAUUGCGGCGUUGGAUGAUGAGGAGAUUGAGAGGAGGAGUAAGGGGUUGGAGGCGUUGUAG